AUGGCGGACUUUCUGCACACACUGGGCACUGGUGAGCUCCCAGACCUCUCGAGGACAGUCAACGGCUUCAUCGACCCCAACGAUAUCGAGUAUUGGUGGGACGCGCCGUUCCCUUUCGGAACUUUCCCUACUCAGGGUACUAGUAGAUGCAUAAACUCUAUCAACGACUUCAUCAUGGACUUUUUCGGCUCGCAAGGGAACAGGAAGCCUCUACUCCUCUGCGAACGCCGACUGAACCAGAUGAAAGGCAGAAUCUUCAAUAGAGAAAUGAGGCCGGUCAACGACGUUGUAAUGGCAGGACUGCGAGAUGAUGCGUUGAGUGGGGAUACGCAGGCGGAAGAGACGAUGUUCGACAACAUUGCGAGAGCGAUUGGAGUAUGGAACUAUUUGAACCAUCCUGAUGCGCUCCCAACUGUCAGCACCAACCGUAACAACUUGAUCGACGGAAGCGGUCUCAUCGGGCGACUCGUCCCAGCUUUUGCCAGAAUGCGUGAUAUUCUCAUGGAGUUUGACGAAAACUGGUACAACGAUGCGGCAGAAAGAACUAGGGGCUGGGUGGACGAAAUGCUGGACCUCAUAUUGCAAGACCUUGACGCUCUAAGUCAAGCCGGGAGAGCGCCUCCGAAUGAGUUUUCUAUCAGGGCUAGAGUGGCGCGCUUGCUGAACCGGAGAGGCGAUAUCAAGCCGCCGAAAAGGUGA